AUGGGGAUUGAAUUAGAACCAUGGAAGAUGUAUUUUGAUGGAGCAAGUAAUCAGAAUGGAAGUGGCAUUGGAGUUCUCCUAAUUUCUCCAAAAGGGACACACAUGUCAUUCUCUGGUAGGCUCAACUUCUCUGCCACUAAUAACGCCACUGAAUAUGAAGCUUGCAUUAUGGAAUUACAAGUAGCCCUUAGUCUUGGAGUAGAAGAGUUGGAAGUGUAUGGUGACUCAGCCUUGAUAAUUUCUCAGAUUCAAAACAGGUGGAAGAUUAAGGAAGAACAGCUAGUGCCUUAUCAUGAAUGUCUUCAGAAAUUGAUAUCUAAGUUUGGAAAGAUUCAAUACCAGUAUGUGCCAAGAAUGCAGAAUCAAAUUGCAAAUUCUUUAGCAAUAAUGGCAUCCAUGAUGGAUAGGCCCAAAGAAGACCAAGCUCGACUAAAAGUGGUAGAACAAAAAGAAGAGUCAGCUUAUUGCAAGUCAAUAGAAGGAGACGAAGAAAUAAGUGGGGAGGAUGAAUGGUAUUCAGACAUCUUACAAUACCUCAAGGAUGGGACAUACCCAAAAUUUGCGGAUAAGAAUGACCAAUUGACUAUCAGAAGGUUGUCCACUAAUUACACUAUUUGUGGUGAAAGGCUGUAUAUAAGGUCGUAUGAUAGAAUUCAUCUCCUUUGUGUGAUUGACAUGAAAGCACAGAAAAUAAUGGAGGAGGUCCAUAAGUCAAAUUAUAGGCAACAUAUGAAUGCACACAUGUUGUCACGGAAGAUAAUGGGACAGGGUUAUUAUUGGACUACUAUGGAAGCAGAUUGUGCGACUCAUGUUCAAAAAUGUCACUAG